AUGAUGCUACAUUACCGUCGCUAAUCAGCCGAGGAGGAGGAACAGGAAGCCGCCGUCACAGCGCCCUCUGCCGGCGGGAAGGAGGCAGCCAAACAAAGCGCCCACUCACCUGUGCCCGUGUUUCCACCAUCUGUUAAAGACAUGACCUCAAUAAAAGAAAGAGCCGCGGCGCUGAACCUUGCAGAAAAGCUGUGUGUGCGUCCUCAAGCACAUGGGGUGCUCUGUAAACCAGUCCAGUCCGUCUCCAUGUGGAGCGGCCUCAUCUCCCACCUCAGGUCCUCUGUGACGGUGAAGCGUCGACGAGUCCACCUCAAGUCUCAUGGUGACUGUUUCCUCGGCUCGGAGGCCGCUGACGUGGUGGCAGAACAUAUUAACCGUGUCAAAGGAUUCGAGGGUGCCAUUGUGUCCCGGGACAAAGUGGUGUGUGUGUGCCAGGCUCUGUUGGACUGUAACGUGUUCGAGGCGGUGGGAACCAAAGUGUUUGGCAGAGACAAGAAGCAGGAUGUGUUCCAGGACAGCAAGAGCGCUCUUUACAGGUUUGUAGGUGUGUGUACUCCAUCAGUCGACGAGUUGGAAAGAGGCACGCUUGUGAACGGGAUCCAGAAACUCUUCUGCAGCGCUCCUUCAGACAGCCAGGAGGAGCAGACAUAUCCCACCGGGUCACAUGUUCAGAUGUCCACGCCUGUCAAAUACACUCAGACAUCCAUAAAAGCCAACCAGCUGGACACUCUUGCCGUUGCCGGCCUGUCUGUGGAGCCUCCGGUGGACAGUCUGAGUCCCAGCAGAAUGCACACUGACACUGUUUUACCAAAGUCAUUGGUAGACGAGGUGUGGCAGGAGCAGACUCUGCUCAGGCUGUUAAACCUGGUGGAGCUCCCCUUACUGGAAGGAGUGCUGCAGUGCAGCCAGACUCCUUCCUCUCCUCCAUCACACCGGCUGGCUCACAGUAACCCGGACCUGAUCUACAGCAGCAACCACCUGGACAGACAGAUCCUCAAGGCCUUCAGGGACUCCCAGGAAGAUGAGUGGCUCUGCGCAGCUCUGGACUGUCUGGACUUCCUCCCUGAUCAGCCGGUGGUGGAGCUGAGCAGGGAGCUGCCUCAAUGUUUCCUGCAAGAACAGGACAGCUGUGACCAAACGCCAGCUGGUAGCAGUUCACAACAUGGAGUGCAGUCUCUGAGGUCUGUGUCCACCCCGGUCAACGACACUGAUGAGGAUCCUGGUCUCUCUCAGAGUGUUUUGACCCAGUGUAAAAUGCUGCUGUACGGGUCCCUGAUGAAACACUACAGCCACACCGACAGGCCUCCACUGCUGCCCGAGCACAUGACUGACAUCUACACCGCCAUCACUGACCUGCUGGGGAACGCUAAGUUGGGCACGGCUCUCGAGGCUCUGCAGCUUUGUCUGAAGCUGCUGCCUCCUGCCCGCAGAGACGAGCUGCGUAGGCUGCUUACGUUCAUGGCCCUGGCAGCCGACCCACAAGAGAUUAAACUGGACAAGGAGAUGGAGAACAGACUGGCAGUGAAGAGGUCUUUCUUCAGGGCAGUCCUCCACAACAAGGCUCUGUCAAAGGAGAAGGAGGACCUGAUGGUGGUGUUCAUGCUCAGCAACAUAAAGGACAUUUUUAUGAUACCGGGAGCUCUGCACAAAGGAGUGAGCGACAAGCUGGCCGGCCUCGUACAGGGGAAGCAGCCCGAUGUGACCGGUUCUACGUUCUGUCAGCAGGUCCCCAGCAGGACUUACACCGACUCUACGAAGAAGACCACCGACCAGGAACUGAGAGUUCUGCUGAACAGCAUCCACCUGGACACCAAGAUCUCUGCCAAGGAGAGGAAGCGUCUGCUCGGACAGUUCUACCAAGCCCACCCAGAGAUAUUUAACCAGUACUUUGGUGAAUCUGCCGUCAGCGUGCUGUAGAUCUGUGAAGACGGUGACGGUCUCAGCAGUCUUUAUGUAAACACAAGCUGACUGACUUAAAAUAAAUGUUUGACAAUAAAUCUUAGUGGAGAUGUAAAGACUCAUGGGAGAUAUCUCCAGCAUAUGAUUGUUUUUUUUUGUUUUUUGUGGAUUUGCUUUAUUAUUGAUUAAAAUAAAUAAACAGUGCAUAUACUCCUGGGUGUGUUUUUCUUAAAUGUAAAUUAAAACUAUAUAUGUGUAUAUUCCAAUGAUUU